CUCAACUGUCACUGUCAGUGAAUCUUCGACGACGACUUCAUUCAGUGGGUUUCAGUUUCUAAUUUUCAUUCUUCAAUUUACCUACGGUUUUCCAGCUGAAUGCCUUGUUGAGAAGCUUCUUUAUUCUUUAAUAAAAUGCAAUACCCAUCCGACGAGUCAUACACUCGGCUUAUAAGCCAUAACAUGACAGUGCCACAUAGGAUAAAGGCAACUGGGGAUAUAGUUGAUGAGGACAAUCUCCCUAAUGGACUAGUAUCAGGAUGGGAUUAUGCCAAUGAGAAGUUUGAUAUGAAGGUUCCUGAACGAAUCCUUGUUGUGGGACAAGACCAGCACUUAGGUACCAAAGCUCCUCCAAGAGAGAUUCAACUUGACAAUGCAGUUUUACCAACUGACCCUGGCAUGAUCAGAGUGAGCACUCCUCCUCGUGUUAUAACCCUGGAUCAGCACUACUUUCCUUCAGCUGAUGACUUUCCAGCAGAGCUGGCUAAUUCUCCUCCGAGAAGCAUUCGACCCAUGCGUUCUUUGGGUGAUGGAGCAAGAUCCACUACACCACAUCCUGACCAGUUCAAUGAAUCUACCAUGACUGAAUCACGAUUAGUUCUAAGAGAUCCAACACCACCAAUGGGUAAUGGAGAGGGACUUUCUGCAUCUGAAGAGCUGGUGCAUUUACGAAGGCAGAUUGUUAAACUGAAUCGCCGUGUAAUGGCUAUUGAGGCAGAACAGCUGCAAAGACAGCAAAAAGAAAAAAUUGCUUAUGCAAUAAGUAUUGCUUACUUAUUGUUCAAAGUGAUUGCUUGGCUGAAUAGAUCUUAAUUUUUUUAAUAGUAGAUUAAAUUUAAGAUGAAGUUUUUCUCUAAUAUAUAUAUAACUUCAUGAAUUUCUUUGAUUGGUGAUCAACACAUAAAUGGCAAACCAUGAAUAGUGGCCACUCCCAUUUAUAUUGUAGAAAGUAUGGAAAUGUGGAAGUGUUAAUGAUUUGUAAAUUGUCAACCAUCUUAGAACAUAGGUACAUUUUUAUAUUGUAAUGAUUUAUGACCAUUUCUUGUACAGUGUGAAGUAUAUUGUUGAUGUUCUACAAUUCCCUUAGCAAUAUUGAAAACCUGGAUGAAUUGUUACAAAGUU